AUGGUGACAAUUUCAAAAGAAGAGUGCCAUUUCGUGUUAUGGUGUCACUUUUGUUUGGCUUUAAUCUCUCUUGCUGCUUUUGGACAUAUUCACUAUCGAAUUCAUUCAUUAAGAGAACAAUGUGAAGUCGAUUUAUCCGAUAAAUAUAUCUAUGUGACUCAAAAAAGGAUUCGACGAGAGACGAAAAUUCAACGAUCGACAAAUCGAAGCGAGAAUCCGAUGCAUUUAUGGUUGACUUCAUUGUCGAGAGUCAAGGUGAAUGAGUUGUUGGAUAAAUGCAUCGGCUUGCACGAAUAUUGUACAGAUGAAGCGAAUACUGAACGUGGGAAGACUGGACAAUCUGGACCACCAGGGCCACAGGGAAAACCUGGACCUCCAGGAGUUGCAGGAAGGGCCGGUCUCUCUGGAAUCCCUGGACAUUAUGGACCAAUAGGUCCACCGGGAUCUCCUGGAAGAGAUGCUCAAUGUAAUGAUUGUCCUGUGGAUGAGAGACUUCUACUUGAGAGAACACUGCAAUGUCCUACUUUCACCAAUAUGGAUUGUCCAGUUCCGUCAUCGGAUCCAGAGCCAGUAAUUCCAAAAGGACUUCAACGACUUCUCCCUGUGGCUGUUCAACAGCUACUUUCUAAUAACUCAAUGGAAUUGGAGAUGUGUUUGAAGGUUUGCAUGAAAGCGAAUGAAACCGACUAUGAUCUUUUGGAGGAGCCAGCGCCAACAGAGAUCGCUUAUAUCCAUGGCGCUACAGCACAUUGUAAAUUGCAAUCAGUCGGAAAGUCAGUUUUUCACUCGCACUCUACCACGUAUUAUGGUAGUUGGAUGAGAGAUGCUUACCCUAGAAGUGGAGAUGAUAUGAUGAAGCGUUUCCUCGUCAAUCACUUCCAAGGCGAUGAAAUUGUUGAAUACCCGACGGAAGCAGAAAUGCGAAGAGAAAGGCCAAAGAGAAUCCAUCAACUUCCACACAUUUACGAUGGAACAAAUCAUGUAAUGUUCAAUGGUUCUUUCUAUUUCCAUCGAGCCGGAACACCGAAAAUUGGGAAAUAUGAGUUAUCAACGCAAAAAUAUGAUGAACUCGUGAUUGAAGGUGCAACACAUAAAGGAGAUAAGUACCUCUUCAACGCUUCACUCGCUUAUUUCGACUUGGCUAUCGAUGAGAACGCUCUCUGGGUUCUCUAUCACUAUGAAACAGAACCAUUUCUUUCAGUUGCAAAAGUUGAUAUUGGAAAUUUGACUGUUUACGAGACCCACAAUCUCACCUUGGUCAAUCACACGAAUUUGGCGAAUGGUUUUGUCGUCUGCGGGGUUCUUUAUCUCGUGGAAAGCUCAUGGGAUCAAGCUUCGUAUAUCUCGACGGCUUACGAUUUCUAUCGUUUACAAUAUUCAAAGCCAAACAUUAAAUGGGUGAAUCUGUAUGGAAAUGCGAACAUGAUCUCCUAUAAUCCGUACGAUAAACGACUCUAUACUUACGAUCAUGGUUAUCUCCUCACAAUGCCUGCUCAUUUACGAUGGUUAUCGAAA